GACCAUAGCGUGCUAUGGUGUGGAGAAACGAGGAGCUAGAGCAAUCCAUUAUCAGUGUAGUAUCAGCCAACAUAAAACUUCGGGUAUGUCUUUCGCGUGUUUUAUUGCAAAACGCUCUCAGCGUCUAUAAUGUGACGGCAUCUCGCUGCACGGGCGCGCUUUAAAUGAGGCACAGGCAAAGUGGGACUUCAGCCUUUCUUUUUCGAUGUUCUUCUUUCAUCAUUAUCAUCACUAGUAUCAUUAGUAGCGCGCUGGCAUCUUGUUUUCGGGGUUCUAGCAAGAAGUGACAAGAAUCUAGACCCCUCCUCUGCAGGGCGGAGCGUGCAUUUUUAUGUCGAUUUUUGUAGCGUUUUUUUCUGUUCAGCUUCAGCUCUGACACGUCCACACUGAGUGAGUGGCAUUGGCACAUUGUCAAUCGCUCACUACCGCUGCCAUCAAACAACAUAAAGCACACACAGCCCAAGAGCUCGCCUCAUAAAUUUGAGCAAGCAGAUAUUUUUGCGCAUCGCUUUAUGGCGUGUAAUUAAUUUUUUUUCGAGUUUCUCUGUUUCCCCCCACUCAUCCUAAGAAAACUUUUUGUACAUUUUAUAUUUUUGUACUGUCACCUUUAUGCUGUAUUUUUGCUGAUGGUGCCAACCAUUUAUUUUAUUCCUAGAUCACAUUUUUGGAAACUCUUCUGAAAGACAACAUUUUGGUAACAGUUGUUUUGCGUUUCUUUCCUUUUUACAUCGUUCAUUCAUUCAAUUCGCGCUGUUAUUAUUAUUUCCCCGGAUCUUGUUUCUGCCAGUUUGCAGUGCGGAUUCGUGCAAGUUUUGAAGAAGUGCAAACGGAGAAAUUAUACAAAGAAGACUACAAAACAUAGACAAAAAAUCCAGCCAUCUCCAAGGAGCUUCAACAGUGUUUUGCGAAGAGAAAGUCAGUUUGACAUGAAGGCUCGGACAAUAUUCAACGGGCAACCGCUGUCCCCUCGAUGCUGAAGUUGAAAUAAAUAAGGCUGAGAUUUCUCUAAAGGACAUAUUCGAAACGGAACUGGUGGACGGUUGAGAUUUUUUCUUCCUGUUGUUGUGAGAAAGUGAAGCCUUUUGCCUAACAGUUCUGUCUCGGUUGUGGUCGCGGUUCAUUCGCCUUGUUGCCGCGUACCCGCUUCGGAGACGAAACCAUCUCGGCAGAUGCUCCUCAUAUAGUCACGUAGCCUUUUUUGCAUGUGCUCAUUCCGCGUUUCUUUAGCUUCCUCGGUUACUGAGCAAGAAGCGCAUUGAUCGGGUUGCGGCGGACUAUGGACGCGGAGCAGGCGCGGAUCAUGCAGACUCUCGGCGGCGUGAAUUUGGCUGCUCACUCGGUGCAGGGAGGCAUGGCACUGCCGCCUCCACAUGGACACGACGGGACCGAUGGGGACGGCAGGAAACAAGACAUCGGUGACAUUCUGCAUCAGAUCAUGACCAUAACAGACCAAAGUCUGGACGAGGCGCAAGCAAAGAAACACGGGCUGAACUGCCACAGAAUGAAGCCUGCCCUCUUCAGCGUGCUCUGCGAGAUCAAAGAGAAAACAGGUCUGAGUAUCCGUGGAGCACAGGAAGAAGACCCUCCAGACCCCCAACUCAUGCGUCUGGACAACAUGCUGUUGGCAGAAGGGGUAGCAGGGCCAGAAAAAGGUGGAGGAUCAGCAGCGGCGGCAGCGGCAGCAGCAGCCUCGGGCAGUCCCACCGAUAACUCCAUUGAACACUCAGACUACCGAGCCAAACUCUCCCAGAUCAGACAGAUCUACCACACUGAACUGGAGAAAUAUGAACAGGCAUGUAAUGAGUUUACGACCCACGUGAUGAACCUGUUGCGGGAGCAGUCACGCACGCGGCCCAUUUCACCCAAAGAGAUAGAACGCAUGGUUGGCAUCAUCCACCGCAAGUUUAGCUCCAUCCAGAUGCAGCUCAAACAGAGCACCUGCGAAGCCGUCAUGAUCCUGAGGUCACGCUUCCUUGAUGCCAGACGGAAAAGACGGAACUUCAGCAAGCAGGCCACGGAGAUCCUGAAUGAGUACUUCUAUUCCCACCUCAGCAACCCCUACCCCAGUGAAGAAGCCAAAGAGGAACUGGCCAAGAAGUGCAGCAUCACGGUAUCCCAGGGGGUGGGAAGCACCAUCACAGUGGCACAGGUAUCCAACUGGUUCGGGAACAAGAGGAUCCGGUACAAGAAGAACAUUGGCAAGUUCCAGGAGGAAGCCAACCUGUACGCUGCCAAGACGGCCGUGAACGCGGCGCACGCGGCAGCUGCCGCUGUGCAGAACAGCCAGACCAACUCACCCACCACACCCAACUCUGGAUUCCAGAUGAAAGAUGAAGAAUUUCAGCUGGACUCUGCAGAGAACAAAAACUCUCUAUUAACCAACAUGUUUACUGGUUCGUCAGGUUCUUUUAACCUCCCAAACUCGGGGGACAUGUUCAUGAGCAUGCAGAAUCUGAAUGGGGAUUCUUACCAAGGGGCACAAGUCGGAGCCAAUGUACAGUCACAGGUGGAUACCCUGCGCCAUGUUAUCAGUCAGACGGCAGGAUACAAUGAUGCCCUUGGGGGGAACUCCAUGUACAGUCCACAUGGCUUGAAUGCUAACGGAGGAUGGCAAGAUGCUACAACCCCGUCCUCUGUGAUCUCCCCUACCGAAGGUCCUGGUAGUGUGCACUCUGAUACCUCGAACUGAUUUCUUCUUCAGUGAUACAGCUCCUUCUCAGACUGUGGACAACCAAUCACCAAACCACAGACCCAUGGACUGACCGAUCAGAGACGCAAAACAAACUCACUACCAAUAAGCUGUCUGCAGCCUCUUUGAACCCCCACACAUUCAUGUCCCCAUUAUCGCCGACAUUUCUCCAGAACAUUGAGAAGCUCUUAGGAAUUGAAUUACUUGCUCUCUGCAGUCCACAGCAGUUUCACUUCUAAUAAUUUCUGCUUUGCACAUAUUCUUCAACUGGUUUUGCUUCUUCUGGUAUAUAAGUAUACAUUCUCAGAUUUUGUGUGAAUUACAUGGUCUCUUUUCUAUUCAAGUCUUUUCAGUGAAUAUGCAUUUAAGUAGAUAUGUUUCAUAACCCAUUCCUAGUCUACUGUAAACAAAGCUAGCUAGGAAUGCAAGGACUGAUAGAAGUAAAUACUCAAACCCAUUCAUUUUACAGGGCUAAUAUGCUAAAGAAGGCAGCUUUGGGAACUUUAGAAAUGCAUUUCUUUAUCUGACCUUUUCUUUUUACGUCCUUGCAUGGUCCUAAAUUAGGUGAUCUAAAUGAAUCCACUCCAUUUUGGGGGUAUGAAUUGAAAUUCUGCAAAUAUGUGUUCCAUAAUUGUAUUAUUUUCGAACAUAAAACAUCAAUGUUCAUUGCAUCACAAAAUGUACUUAAGUGAGGCUCAUAUUAUGUGAGACAUGAUUUUUUAAAUGCAGAAUAUGAGUCUUACAUUAACACCGUUAUGUUUCAGGACUCCAUGGUUUUGGCUCGUAGGGACUCCAUUCACAGACAGGAAAAACAAAAAACGGUCUUGUAUAUAAUAUAGCUUAAGAGUAUUUAUACAUCUCACAAAUCAAUACGCAGCUUUAUUACCUCAUUCAGACUCAUAGAAGAACCAAUAGAUUUCCAACAUUUCUCUAGCUUAGAGUGCUCUCACUGACUACCUCUCAACAAUAUCACCACCAUCCUUUUAACUUUAUUUUUCCAUUUUUACGUAGAUUCAUUUGGUUGCAUCUUGUAAUAAACUUUUUUUUCUCUCUCUCUCUUCAUGUAAUCUAAUGUAUAUUUUAAUCUUCUAAGAAAAUGAGUUGCUUUCUCGCAACUUUUAAAAAGGAAAAAAAGAAAAAAAAAAUGAUGACCAUAAUACAAAUAAUAUGAAUAACACGGAGACCGAGCGGGUUUUGUGGUGAAUUUUUGGGGAGGGUCUUGGGGUGGUGGGGAAUGUGGGACGUGGGACUAAAAAUUAACACCGAACAGUUAAACUGUUGUAAAUAGCGAAGAACAUUUUGAAUGUUGCUCAUCUUGUUACUAAUUCACUUAAAAAAAGGAAAAAAAUCAUGGUUAAAAAAAUCUGUAAUGCAUAGAGGUUUCAGUAUUCAGAACUGUACAUUUCAGGCUCUGUGUGACAGGGCUCCAACUUUCUUUCUCUUUUUUUGUAUCGUAUGUGAUUCUGAAACUGAUUAAAAAAAGAAGUCAUGAAAAUUUAUUUGUGGCAGUGAAUCUAAUGUAUUAAAAAUGUUUCGUGUUUCUUUCUAACCAGACUACACCCUGGACUGAAAAGUCUUCCUUGUGGUAGUUAUGUGUAAUUUCAAACAUGAAUAAACUUUUUUCCUUUCAUGAUGGAA